AUGUCAGACCACGGAUCUGAUGGCUCGGAAGGGAAGGCGAUGCCGCACAUUCGACUCAACUCGGGGCGACAAGAUCCUUUCCUUGAGACAAACGAGGGCUACGCGCCUCUCACGUCGCGGACAUUCCCCCGACCCUUGACACCACAGGGCCCCGAAACGCCAACGUCGGUUGGCGCCCAAGGGAUGACAAUUUCACCAUACGGCGCAUCAAAUGUCCCCGAGUCCUCGGAAUUCCUAUUGCCUCCGAGGUUGAGGCCUACACAGGGACAUGGUGUGAGUGAUACUGAUCGGCCCCGGUCUCCGGACAGGUGGUCUGCAGCUCGCUCGAGUAUCAGCUCCAUCAGUCAUGAAAGCACCUUCCCUUUGGAUCCAUUCCAUGAUUCGAGGGCGCCUUCGCACUCUGGCAGUGAUGAGUAUGAUGUCAACACGCAGACUGUGUCGGGGAAGUUCAAUAUCAUGCCUACUGAUGGGUUGUUGUUGUUCCCUGAGGAUGUGGAGAAGGAUGACUACAUGCAUAACCCGGACCCGGCGGACAAGGAUCGAGAUUGUGAUAUCUGGAAUCGACGAGGUAUUGUGAAUGUCGGUGGUCUGGCAAUUUUCACACUAGGUCUUCUGGUGCUUUUCAUUGGUUACCCACUCAUAACUUGGUUGUCGGGCUUCGGAAAACAUUCUCAUGGUGUAUGCCACCCUGCAGACACGUUGUGUUUGGAUGUUGGGGAACGGCCGCUGUUGGAAAACCUGAGGAAGGGCUUGAUUGAUCCAGACACACCAAAAGAGGCGCGCACCAAGAAGAACGUCAAUGGAAAGGAGAUGAAGCUAGUGUUCUCCGACGAGUUUAACAUGCCCGGUCGAACAUUCUUCGAGGACGAUGACCCGUUCUUCCAAGCAGUCGAUAUAUGGUACGGAGUAACACAGGACAAAGAGUGGUAUGACCCCGAUGCAGUAACCACGGCAGAUGGCACCCUCCAGCUUCGAUUUGACCACUUCGAAAACCACGACCUAGAAUACCGAUCAGGUAUGGUACAGAGCUGGAACAAGCUCUGCUUCAAGGGUGGCCGUCUUGAAGCCAGCAUGUCCCUCCCGGGUGAUGGACAUAUCGAAGGUUUCUGGCCUGGUUUCUGGGCAAUGGGCAACCUGGGUCGUCCUGGAUAUGCUUCUACCACCGAUGGCAUGUGGCCAUACAGCUACCACGAUGGCUGCGAUGCAGGCAUCACCCCGAACCAGAGUGCUCCCGAUGGUAUCAAUUGGCUGCCUGGCAUGCGAUUGCCUGGUUGUGCCUGUCCUGGCUCUGAUCACCCGACUCCUGGUACUGCACGCAGUGCUCCCGAAAUUGAUGUUAUUGAAGGUAGCACUGCCCCACUGUAUGGUGACAGCGGUCCCUACGUCGGUAGUGCGUCGCAGAGUUUGCAGACUGCGCCAUUUGAUUUGUGGUACCUGCCUGACUAUGACUUCGCUGCUGUUUACGACCCACGCGUCACUGAACUUAACUCCUACCGAGGCGGUGUCUACCAACAAGCCGUAUCUGGCCUAACCAACCUAAACCAUCGCUGGUACAAUGGCACCGAAUUCCAAACCUACUCCUUCGAGUACACACCAGGUGAAAAAGGCGACGUGACCUGGUUCGUCGGCGCCGAAAAGACCUGGACACUGGACGCUCGCGCCAUCGGACCUAACGGCAAUAUCGGACAACGCACCAUCCCACUCGAGCCUUUGGCACUGAUCAUGAAUAUGGGUAUGGCGGAUAACUUCGCACCGCAGAAUAAAAGCAUCAUUGAUUACAUGCCUGCUAUCCUGCGCUUCGACUAUGUCCGCAUCUACCAAGACCCGGACGAUGAGAGCGUUACUUGUGACCCACCGGGUUAUGAGACAACUAAGUAUAUUGAGAAACAUCGCAAGGCAUACGAUAAUGUCAACUUUACGACUUGGGACGAGGCUGGGUACCAUUGGCCUAAAAAUUCUUAUAUGCACGACUGUCCGGCUAAUUAG